AGACGCGUUUCAAAGUGGAUGAAAAAUGAAUGCGAUUAUUUUUAUUAUUGGUGGUCAGGAAUAGUUUCGCUUGCAUGUUUGUAUAAUUAUUUUAUGAUUUCGAUUAUGAUUUUCGAAGAUGUUUAUCAACAUUUUUACUUCCAGUGGAUUUGUACUAAUAUCAUGACUGAUCUUGUAUUUUUAUUGGAUAUUAUUGUACAAGCACGAAAAGGUUCCGGAUUUUGCAGCAAAACCUUUCGUGUAGACGUACUUGCAGUUAUACCAUUUGACUUAUUACUUUUUCUACGUAAUGAUCUCACGUUACUACGAUGCAAUCGUUUGUUAAAAAUUUAUCGUAUUUGGAACUUCGAUGAACUCACUGAAAUUCAUACUAGUCUUCCGAAUUUAUUUCACUUUUUGAAGCUCACAACGACUUGUAUUAUUAUAUUUCACUUGAACAGUUGCUUGUACCAUGUUUUGAAUAUUACUUACAAUUUUAACACAGCCGACAUUGAUGAUUGGAUAUUUUCAUAUGACAAAAUAUUAGAUCCAAUUUUUAUCACUGAAAAAUCUCCUAAUUUGCCUCAAGUUUUAUCAAUUGAUAUGAAUAAUCAGGAUUGGGAGGAUAAUGUAACAAAAACGAUAAGCUUCAGUAAUUUCACUAAACAGUACGGCCUCAGUUUUUACUGGUCGGCUCUUACGUUAUUCGCACUUGGUGAACAGCCAUCUCCAACAUAUUUGCUGCAAUUUUUGUUUGAAACUGUUGAUACAAUAAUUGGAUUAGUGAUAUUUGCUAUGAUUGUUGGGGAUGUUGGUAAUAUGAUAUCAAAAAUGAAUAUUAUUAAAGCUAAUUUUGAAAAUACUCUCGAUGGCUGCAAACAAAUUUUGCCUUCACGCUUGUACGGUGACUUAAUCAAGCAUAGUAACAUAGAUAUGCUGAAAAAGGUAGAAUUGUUUCAGGACUGUGAAAGAAAUCUUCUAUCUGAAUUAGUUUUAAUGUUGGAACUUGAAGCGUUCAGUUCUGGUGAUUACGUGUGCAGGGAGGGAGACGUUGGAAAGGAGAUGUACAUCGUAAGAAAAGGUCAACUGCAGGUCAUAAAUGAAGAUGGUGGCAAAGUUUUAGAUACUCUCAGAGAAGGCAGUGUAUUCGGGGAAUUAUCAGUUCUGAACGUAGAAGGUGUAAUUAAGAAUGAAAAUAGACGACGAACAAUAACAGUAAGAUCAGUGGGUUUCUCAGAAUUACACAUUUUAACAAAAGAUUCAUUAUGGGAUAUUCUUGACGAUUAUCCUGAAUCUAAAAAGAUUCUUUUACAAAAAGGUUAUUUCAUUUUGUUUCAUUGA